AUGGAGUGCGGUGAGGAAGUGUAUGGUGAAGAGGUGCCUGAUGGCCAUGACGACGUCGAAGAGGACAAUGACAUUGAGUCCUUUGGUCAAGGGGAAGAGGAGCAAGAGGAUAAUGAAGGCUCCUUGCCGCUGCCUGAUGCUUCACUGGGUGAUGCAUCUGAUGCAUCAGGAUCCACGCCUGAUGCAUCAAUAGGUGCAAUGUCUGAUGCAUCAUCAUCAUACUCUAACUACUCUAACUAUGAUGGUGUCUCUGCACCAAUUCCUCAUUUGUAUUUACCAGUAUACAUACCUCCGACCACCAAUUCGGUUCCCAACUCGUUCGGACCAUUCUAUGCGCCCCAAAUGUCCACCACUUCAGUUCCUAGUUAUUUUACUCCGGCAUAUACUGCCCCUCUCAUGUCCAUUGAUGGGUUUACACCGGUCUACAACCCCUCUGUGUCGACCCCCAGCUUCUCAUUCCCUAAUACGUGGCAAGAUCUUAAUUGGACUGAUCCAGUCUUCCAAACGUCUCCGGCCUCUGCUGCUGCUUGGCUGCAGCAAAAUUUAUCGCCGGUUUCUGCUGAGCGCACUAGUCUGCAUGAGUCCAGUGCUGACUCGCUCCCAGUCUUGCCUCAUCCCAACCCACCCUCGCUUGACUCGCUCCCCAUCUUGCCUCAUCCCAACCCACCUCGGGGUACACCCAACUCUCUCUCCGCUGUCAUAACCAAGCCGAUCACCAAAAAAACAAUCCUUAAGCCCAAGGCCACCCAAAAACCGAAGGCCGCUUCAAAACCCAAGCCAAAACCCAAGGCCAUCCACAAGCCCAAGGCCGCCACCACCCCCACGAUUACUAACCCACCCGGAGCUGAGUCUAGUUCAUCAGGGGAUGUAGCUCCUGGUGGAAUUACCAACGACGAGUCUAUGAACACACGUGCAUCUAAGCGUGUCCCAGUUAAGUCCAGGCGUAACGAGCUGGCAGAUGCGAUUGGUACUGGUCCUUCCAUGAAACGGCCUGCGCAGAACGGGUCUGCGGGUGCUCAACAGUAUGUUAUCCUGCUCUUUUUUUUCGAUGCCUGCUAA